GAGAAAACGGCAUCGCAGCACCAUGGUGAGAACGGCACACACACAAGGCAUGCCCCUCCACCAUCCUACACGUCUCUUUUGCUGUGAUCUCCCCUCCCUCAGGCACCGAAGAAGAAGGCGGCCAGUCAGGAGCCGGUGGGUCUGAGCAAGCCCACUGUCCGCGAGGACGAGAACGUCUUUGGCGUGGCGCACAUCUACGCCUCCUUCAACGACACUUUCAUCCACGUCACCGACCUCUCGGGACGCGAAACACUCGUCCGCAUCACCGGAGGCAUGAAGGUCUGUCAACCACACGCCACACACCAUACACACAGACGAGGGGAGAUCACUGUGGUGCUGUCUGUGUCUUGUGGGGGUGUCUGUCAUCAGGUGAAGGCCGACCGUGACGAGUCGUCCCCUUACGCGGCGAUGAUCGCGGCCCAGGACGUGGCAGCGCGCUGCAAGGAGCUGGGCAUCACUGCGGUGCACAUCAAGCUGAGGGCCACUGGCGGCACCAAGACCAAGACUCCCGGACCCGGCGCACAGAGCGCUCUCAGGGCACUCGCACGAUCCGGACUCAAAAUCGGCCGCAUCGGUCAGAGAGGCUGGCACGGAACAGACAAUCAUGUGGGCUCAGUCAAUACGUGCUCUUGUGUGUGUGUGUGUGUGUGUGUGUGUGUGCGUGUGUGAUCAGAGGAUGUGACGCCCAUCCCCACCGACAGCACUCGCCGAAAGGGAGGCAGACGCGGCCGCAGGCUCUAGACAGACCUGCCGGCCUGCCUGCCUCUGGUGGUGGGUGGGAUGCUUCGUGUUGGUUGUUGAGCGUGUUGGUUGUUGAGGAUGCGACUGACGGAUUGACGGAUGAGCAAGCCAUGGUUGUGAG